AUGAAGACCAACCCCAACGUGUCGUCUUCCCGCCGAAAGGCCAGAAGGGAUCACUUCCAGGCUCCCAGCUCUGUCCGCCGCAACAUCAUGAGCGCGCCGCUUUCCAAGGAGCUACGCACACAAUAUAAUGUUCGCAGCAUCCCGGUUCGAAAGGACGACGAGGUUCAGAUUGUCCGGGGUACCAACAAAGGUCGUGAGGGCAAAGUGACCAGCGUUUACCGUCUCAAGUACCAGAUCCACAUUGACCGUGUCGCCCGCGAAAAGACCUCUGGCCAAUCUGUUCCUCUCGGCAUCCACCCUAGCAACGUUGUCAUCACCAAGCUCAAGCUCGACAAGGACCGUGAGAACAUCCUCGAGCGCAUCAAGGCCGGCCGUGAGCUCCGCACCAAGGGCAAGAACGCCAGCAAAUAA